AUGGCGCCCUCGUUCGACCCGCGAGCGCGCCGCCCCCCUCCUCCUCGUCCCCCUCGUCCGCCCGCUUCCGCCUCGCCCGCAACCCCGCUCUACCCUCACGACGCGCAACCCUAUGCGCCGCAGGAUUACGCCACCACUUACUACCCGGCCUACCCGCCACCACCGCCCACUACCUCGUCGAGUCCGCUUCGACCUCCUCCCCCACCUCCUCCGGGAGCUCAACCCGCCGUCUUCCACCGCCCUACCCCGUCCUGGGAGGAGUCGGCCUUCAUCUCGAGCUACGCAACCCAGCCCACCGCCCCGCAAGCCCUCGCCGACCCGCCCUACCCGGCUUACGCCCCAAACCCGGUCCAGCCUCGACGCCAAGAGUCGCUCCAGGGCGCCCACCACCCGCCCCAGCAGCACACGACCUCGAGAUCCUCGCACGACUCGUCCACCUCGUCGUCCCACUUCAGCGUCUACUCGCUCCCGCCCUCGGACUCGGGCACGCCCAACUCGCCGCCGCCGCCGCGCCCUCCCUCGAGCCGGCUCGAGCAGCAGCAGGCCGCCGCCGCCGCCGCGACCGACUACCGCCACCGCCUCGAGUCGCUACACUUCUCGACCGCCUCGGAGCCGGCCUACGCCGCCCGCCCGGCCGUGCCCCAGCCACUCAUGCCGCGGCAGGAGAGCGCCCCGCCGCGCCGACAACCCACCAUCCUCAUGUCGCCGCCGCUCCACCACCAACAGCCCGGCGUCCCCGACUACCUGUCGCGCACCGACACGUCGUCGACCUACUCGCGGCCCCUCCCCUCACCCUCACCCUCGUCCACCUUGCCCUCGUCCUCGUCGACCGGCUCGGGCUGGGGCUCGACCUCGUCACACCCGACCACGACGGCCACGACCACCUCGAGCCCGGACGUGUCGCGCCGUCCGAGCUACGCGAGCUACGCGACCCUGACGCCGCCCGUGCACGCCUCGCCCCAGUUCCCGGGCGCGCCGUCGCACCGGUCCAACAGCUACGACACGCUGCCGUACCAGCCCAGCGCGCCGACGGCCUCGUCGUCGUGGGCCUCGUUCCCGUCGUCGUUCCCGGCCCCGGCGCCACCGCCCGCCGACUCGUGGGACGACGAUCGCGGCGGCGUCUCGGCGUACCUCGACCCGUCCCUCUUGUCGCACCUCGCCGUCUUCCUCGCCGAUCACGUCCACGAGCACGUGUCGGCGUCGUCGGCGUCGUCGUGUGCCGCGCCGGGCGACGCCUUCUCGGGCGCGACCGCCAUCUCGACCCUCGUGCGCGCGCUCCCCUCGUCGUCGUCGGCGGCGAUGUCGGCGCGCUCGCCGCGCCAGGUCGCGCAGCGCGUCGCCGAGUCGCUCCUUGCCCAACUGUGGAUCCAUGACCCGCACUGGGGCGCCGGCGUCGGCGGGAGCGGCGACUGGCGCGCCGGCGGCGCCGGCGUGCGCGACGACGACUCGCAGCGGUUCGUGCUCGCGCGCGAGGGCCCGCUCGGCGACGACAUUGCCGUGCCGAACGGCGUCAUCGUCGAGGCGGCGAGGUGCUACAGCCCGUUCUGCGAGCGGUUCGAGCGCGAGCGCGGGGAGGGCGAGAAGGUGGGAGGCUCGAGCGGCGCUGGAGGAGGGUGUUACGCCUACCACUGCCCGAAUCGCAAGCCGGCCUUGCACCGCCUCGCCUCGACCCUGUCGACCACGACCGCCGCCAGCCCGUCGUCCGCAGCCUUCCUCACCUCGACGUCGCCCUCGCCUUCAGCAGCACCAUCGACUGUCCCUCCUCCACAGCCCGAGGCCGACAACUGGGCGACGAGCGUCCCGAGCGAGGUCCGCGACGCGCUCGACAAGCGCGAGAUCGCGUACCAGAACCAGGUGUUUGAGCUCGUGCAGGGCGAGCAGAAGUACUACGACGACCUGUGCCUCAUCGAGACGGCGUUCGUCGAGCCGCUCCGCAACGCGCAACCGCCCAUCAUCGCGCCCGCGUCGCGCCUCGCCCACUUCCUGUCGACGGUGCUCCUCAACCUGUCGGCGAUCCGGGACCACUCGCGCUCGCUCCUCGCCGCGCUCCGCCAGCGCCAGGCCGAGCACUACCUGUUUCGCGGCGUCGGCGCACUCGUCCUCGAUGCGGCGCUCGAGUGGGAGCGCGACUAUGUCGCGUUCACGGUCGCGUUCCCCAUGGCCGACUUCUUGCUCAAGGAGGAGAGGGACCGGAACCCGAGGUUCGCCGAGCUCCUCGCCGACUUUUCGCGUCGCCCCGAGGCGGCUCGGCGCGGGUUCGACACCUUCCACAACCGGGCGACGUUCCGCGGCCUACGCUACGUCCUCCUCCUCGAGCAGAUCCUGUCGAGCUCGGCGCCCGACGACCCGGACCGGCCGUACCUCGAGCAGGCGCUCGACGUCAUCCGGCGCCAAGGGUCGCUCGCCAACGAGGGCAUCGAGCGCACCAAGGAGCGCGUCCGUCUGCGCGAGUACCACCGCGACCUCGUCAAGAAGGGCGGCGACGUGCCCGACCUCGAGCUCGUCGACGAUCGGCGCCGCCUCCUCUUCGCCGGUCGCGUCUUCCGCCGGCCCGAAGCGUCGGGCCCGGCCUUCACCGACCAGUUCGCCGAGGCGCACGUCGUCCUGUUGGACAAUUACCUCGUCGUCACCAAGCCGCCUCGUGCGCUCGACCGCGACGGCACGGGCCACCCCAAGUACCAGCUCGCGCGCCGCCCGGUCCCGAUCGACCUCGUCCAGCUGCGCACGACGAGCUUCUCGGACCCGCCCGUGCCGCGCUCGAGCGGCUUCCACUUGCGCAGCACGCGCAGCACGGGCGCGAGCGUCGGCGGCGGCGGUGGCUCGGGCUUUGUGAGCGCCGGCUUGCCGCCCGGUGCGGCUGCGGGAGCGGUGGGCGCGGCGGCAGCUGCCGACGGCGGCGCGCCGCUGUCGCCCGUGCCGAGCACGACGGGCAGCUUCGCCACGAGCAUGACGGGCGGCGGCGGCGGCGGCGGUGGCGGCGGCGGGUCCCCAAGCCCUGGGCUCGCGAGCGGCUCGAGCGCAGCAGCAGGAGGCGCGAGCGACUCGCUCCUGUGGCCCAUCUCGUUUUUCCAGCUCGGGCGGUACGACGGCCUCGUGCACCUGUACGUCGAGUCGGCCGCGCUGCGCUCGCAGUGGGAGGCGCACCUGCACGCGGCCGUCGCGCAGCGCGCCCAGUACGCCGCCGCCAACCCGGUCGUGCGCCUCGACCCGCUCGCCGACCUCACGUUUGGCUCGACGUCAGCCGUCGUCGGGAGCUUGCUCAGCCCGGCCGCCGCGAGGGCCGACCCGGGCACGCGCUUUGGCAAGCCGACGUGCUCGACGCCGUUGCGCAUGCCUGCCGCGGCGGGCUCGGCGUCGGGCGACGGGCACCAGUGGCUCGUCGUCGCCGGGUGCGCCGAGGGCAUCUUUGUCGGUUGGCGCGCGGGAGGAGCGGGCUCGUCGGCGGCGUCGGCGGCGGGUCAGGGUCGGCCGAGGACGAUGCAGCAGGUCGUCCACCUCGAGGGCAUCACGCAGUGCGCCGUCCUGCCCGAGUUCUCGUUCCUCCUCGUCAUCGCCAACAAGGUCCUCGUCGCCUACGCUCUCGAGGCCCUCAUCCCGAGCAAGGCGGGCAGCAAGCUCGACCAGGCCAGCAAAGCACCGCAACGCCUGAGCGGGCAGAAGGACGUCUCGUUCUUCAAGGUCGGCAAGAUUGGCGACGCCGACCCUCGCACGCUCGUCAUCUACGCCAAGAAGUCGGGCGUCAAGGAGUCGGUCUUCAAGGCGCUCGAGCCCGUCAGCAACGCCGAGCGGGCGAGGGGAGGCGGCGGCGGCGGGCACCGCUUCCUGGGUCUCGGUGGCGGCAGGCCAGAGUGGUUCAGGACGUACAAGGAGUUCUUCAUGCCGUCGCUCGUCACUGGCCUCCACUUCCAGCGCUCCAAGCUCGCCCUCAUCGGUUCGCGCGGCGUCGAGAUCAUGGACCUCGAGUCGAUGAGGACGAUGACGGUGCCCGACUUUCCGCCGUCGCGACACGACCGGGCCCUGUACCUGCUCGCCAAGCGCUGCGAGGACGCCUCGACGAUGGGCAUGUUCCGCAUCGGCGACAGCAAGUUCCUCCUCGCCUACUCGGAAUUCGCCAUCCACGUCGGCCGUCACGGCGAGCCGAUCGAGGGCCCGUUCAUCGAGUGGGAGAGCAAGCCCGAGACGAUCGCCUACUGCGCUCCCUACAUCUUCGCCAUCUCGCCCACCAUCGUCGAGAUCCGCAACGCCUUCAGUGGUCGACUGGCCCAGUUCAUCACGGGCACGCACAUUUCGCUCACGUACGACGGCACGGCAAUCCCUUCCUCGCCCUCGCCUGCGUCAUCGUCGCCGUCGCCGUCCCUGACGGGCUCGCGCCGGUCGUCGGUCGACCCGAGCGGGACUGGGGCGGCCGGUGGCGAGGACGACCUGGCGGGCCCGGUCGAGCGGCGCCUGCACUUGACGAUGAAGCAGGGGGCGUACCACAUCCUGUCCGAGGUCGUCAUCGUCGCCUGAGCCCUCCCGUCUUCUCGCCCUUCUUUCCCUCCCUCUCUCCCUCUUUGCCGAACAGACACUCGCACCCCCCUCGCACUCGUUCCCACAGCCCUGGCGGCUCUCUCUAUCACUCUCGCACUCAGUCUUUGUCGAGAUCUCGCUGUCGUACUCUGUAGCCUCCCUUCUCUCGUCGUCGCACGCGAGGGGAAAAAGAAGGUCCUGUGGCACUGCUCGGCUUUUCCUCAUUGCAAAAGAAGCCCUGCGUCUUCUUUGUCUACCGCCGUCUCGUUCCCGAUCACUUGGUGACAAAGAGGUCGGUGAACUCGCUCACGCUCAUGUUCUCGCACGUCUGCUGGUCGCCGACGAGCUUGAGGAUCCUGUCGACGUGCGCCGAC